GUCAAGUCUCGCGAAGGUUGAGAAGCGCCUGCCCACUUGGCGUCCGCGAACGAUUUCGCUUUGGGAGCUGUGGGGUUUCGCGCGUCGUGGUUCGUGGGAAGGGGGUAGCGGGGAUCUGUGAUCUGUUCUGCCCGACCCGGCUCUCCUGAGGCCCGUCUCCUUUCGUUCCCUUUCCGGGCCAUGGGGAAAAUCGGGUUGCAGUUCAAAGCGACUUUAGAAAACAUUACAAACCUCCGGCCGGUGGGGGAGGAUUUUCGAUGGUAUCUGAAGCUUAAAUGUGGAAACUGUAAUGAGGUUUCAGAAAAAUGGCAAUAUCUACGAUUAAUGGACAGCCAUCCUCUCAAAGGAGGACGGGGAAGUGCCACAAUGGUGCAGAAAUGCAAGCUGUGCUCCCGAGAAAACUCCAUAGAUAUCUUAAGUCAGACAAUUAAGCCUUAUAAUGCCGAAGACAGUGAGACCUUUAAGACAAUAGUGGAAUUUGAGUGCCGUGGCCUUGAACCCGUGGAUUUUCAACCACAGGCAGGGUUUGCCGCAAAUGGUGCUGAGUCUGGCACAUCUUUCGAUGAAAUCAACUUACUGGAAAAGGACUGGAAUGACUAUGAUGAAAAAAUAAAGGAAUCCGUUGGCAUCUAUGAAGUUACCUAUAAGUUUGUCAAAUGUUAACUCCUAUGGCAAAACAGUAAUUUUCCAUAAAAUGAAGUCAUUUAAAUUGUAUCCACAAAAGUCAAAAUAAAACCAUUACUUUUGA